AGGCCAAGUGCAAAGGAAUUGCUGAAGCAUCGUUUUAUAAGGAGUGCAAGAAAAAGCCCGAGACUUUUAGAGCGAAUCAGGGAGCGCCCCAAGUAUCAAAUAAAGGAUGAUAUGGACUCUCCUAGGAAUGGACAGAAACCUGUAGGGGAAGCAUCGGGCACCGUUAGGGUGACAAAAGAUAUGGGUACUGAAGGCCCUGUUAAAGUCAGUGGCCAGGGGAAAACCCUAAAAACUGCUGGAUGGGAUUUCAGCAUUGGAGGAUCAUCUAGUACUGGAACUGUUCGAAGUGUGAAACCACCGCAGGUUAGAGAUAGGAAACCAGAAGUUCCACUGAAUCAAGCUGCUUCAAGAAAAAAUCUGGAUAGUGGUAACAAUUGGUCCUCUGCUUCUGGUACUGUCCAUUAUACUUCAUCAGAGGGUUUCAGCCAAAAAGAUGAUGGAGAUGCAAACAACGAGAAAGCAGAUUAUUCUCAUGAAGAUGAGGAGUUAUCAGUGAGUGGUACUGGAACUGUGGUUGUGAGAUCUCCAAGAGGGUCUCCUAGAGGAAUUCAGUCCUCUUCCCUAUUCACCGACCAGAGUUCCAUGUCCAGUAGCCCAGUUGCUUCUUUUGAGGAUGCGUCUUCCAGUGGCACUAUAGUUUAUCGCGGACGUCAUGAUGACCCAGAUUCUCCUCGAACGCCAAAAUCUAGGUUAGGAAUUCAAGAGAGAUCUUCAAGUGCAUCACUUGAAGACAGCCCAACAAACCUUGCUGAGGCCAAGGCUGCCAUGCUAGCAGGACCAAAGAAGGGAAACAUAAGAGACAGAUCAAAAUUGGGCAAGGUCCAACGUGAUGGGCUAGAAAACAAAACAGAACAAUCAACAAUGAGCUCUGAUUCUUCUAGGCACUCGCGUGAUUAUCUUGAUGCACAGAAGGUGUUUUCCAGAUCGCGCCAUCCAAAUGAUGAAGAAGAUGGUGCGAGAACACAUGCUGCACCUUCAUCUGCCACCUUAUCUGUUCUCCUUAUUCCUUCACUAAAAGAGGCCUGAUUUCCAGCAUUUUCUAGGGCUUUAAACAGUGCAUAUUUGGAGCUGAAAGGGUUCAAACUUUUUUGUGGUAAAGGGGUUUCCAAUAGGAUAAUGCCAUUGAGUUGUGUAUUAGAAUGGGAGGGGCUGAAGAAAGAUGAGAAAAUGAGGCAGGAAAAUGGUGAGGAAAACAAA